ACGCGCAAUGUAGUAUCUAAUUUUGGCACUAUAUUAGAAAUAAAUGCGGGGUGACUGUGUGCACUCAGAACAUAUGCUCGUUCGUUCGUUCAUUUCAUUUCGUUCAUUUCGUUCAUUCCACUUGCACGACCCAACUCAACAGAUCUUUCAAUCAAACACAUUGGACAAUGGCCAACAGCAACAACAAGCGAUCCUUUGUCGUCAGCGACUCGGACGACGGCAACGAUAGCGACGCAGAUUUCACCCCCAAGAAUGGAAAGGCAAACCCAUCAGCGUACGAAAUCAUUGACGAUGGCGAGAGCGAAGCUGAGGAGCCCAAAAUCGCCACGGAGAUGGAGGGAAGUGUACAGAAGAAAGUCAAGGUCCAGAAGACAUCGGCUGCAAAGCAGAACAGCGAGGGCGAGACAUUCUUCGAGCUCGGCCCAAAGAAGCGACUGACAGUCCGGUCAUGGCAGAAGAAUACUUUGAUCGAUUUCCGGGAAUAUUACACCGACAAGGGAGGUGAAUCCAAACCCGGAAAAAAGGGCAUCUCCCUGACCACGGAACAGUUUCAAUACAUUCUCGAUCACGCUUCCGAGAUCAAUAGGGCUAUCAAGUCCAUUCAAUCCUGAGUAAACCAAGCAGAGCCGAACUAGGAGCCUCCUGCCUGCAUCGAGUACAGUAGAAAGUAGCAACCUUACUUGAUGGCAGUUGCUAAUGAAGGGAUCUCGUUUGCGAUCUUGAUCAAAGAUUCCAAGCAUGGAUCCAUACAGGGUGAACAUCAAGCCAUUGUUAUCCCUACAUCCAUCGAUUGCAUAUCAAAUGAACAAAACAAA